UUUUUUGUAAAAUUUGUAUUUUGUAACUAGAAUUUUGUGAACGAACCUUGCACUAAUGAACGUAUGACUCAGACAAAAUUUCAAGCAAAGUGGCAAAGUAACUCUAAGUCCCUACCUGAGACUUUACAUUGCACAGUGUUUCGUCUAGUACAAGAUUGCACUUAUCUCUUAUCAAAAAUGGAAUUUUUCAAAGAAUGGUUGUCUCACGCAAAACAUGAAAGAUGCAAAAAACAUUUACUUUAUAUGAGUCAAAAGUUUGACUUGUCUGAUAUAACAGAAGAGUCUACAAGAGAUUUAUAAAUGAAAUUAGCAAGUUUGUCAAAGAAAUUUGAGGUAAAGUGGUACUCAUGUGGAAAAUCAAAAAGUCGGUUUUUUUACAAAAAAUACAGAAUUUCUGCAGUUUGAAGUGAAAUUACUUAUUCAAAAGCAUAUUCCUUUACCCUCAACAUCAUCUCAAAGGUGUAAAAUGGUAGGACGACCUAAAAACCAUAUGGAAAUAGCUUCAUAUGAGACUCAAAAAAACCGAGUCCAUGGUUUGAUAAAAAUGAGAAGUGUUGUUGAAUUAAAAACAGCUGCUGAAAUUGCUCUGCGGUUUGCUGGAAGUCGAAAAGCUGCUAAAAUUAUUAAAAACACGACGAAGAGUGACUUUAAAGAAUCUGAACAAUGUGCAGAACAAAGCCAAAUGCGAAGUUUAACAAGUGAUGAGGCAUUAGCGUAACUUGUAGAUACCAGACUGAUGAGUAAUUUAUACAAACGAACUCGAAAAUGGGCGCUCAAAGUUGGUCAUGAAAUAUUUCCAGCAUACUAUUCCUUAGCGAAAUCCAAAAAAAACUUGUUGCCCUCCAGAUGAGGACAUAUUAAUAUCAGAAACUCGAAUGGAAAUAAAACUGCAAUCAGUUAUUGAUCACACUACAAUUCGAAUAUUAGAAUUGCAAAGAGAUGUGGUGAGGGAAUUGUCUCCUGCUCAUUUAUUAAUUUUAAUUACUAAAUGGGGAUGUGAUGGAACUUCUGGACACAGCACAUUUAAACAAAAACUCUCAAACUGCGUAUAUAGUGAUGAAUUUUUAUUUAUUUUUUCAUUUGUACCCAUUCAACUAAAAUAUGGUAAUAAAGUAAUAUGUCAGAAUCCUCGGCCGUCAUCUACAAUGUAUUGUCGUCCAAUUAAGCUAAUUUUUUUUUAAAGAAACCACGGAAUUUACCCUAGAAGAAUCCAAUAAAGUACUUAACGACAUAAGCCAGUUAAAAAUACUACACAAAUGAUGAAAUAAGUGUAGAACACAAAAUGCUAUUUACAAUAGUUGAUGGAAAGGUGUGCAAUGCAUUGACAGAAACUCGAUCACCACAAAAGUGUUAUAUUUGUGGAGCAACACCUAAAGAAACGAAUUAUAUAAAAGUUUUUUCAUCUAAUAAUCUAAUAAUCAUAAUUUUCAUCUAUGGUUGCACAUUAGCUAUCGACUUGAUUUUAAGAAAUGGCAAAUAAGAGAAGAUUGCGAUAAAAUAAUAGUAAGACAGCGUUCGAAUGACAUCAAAACAAGAUUUAAGCGAGAUAUGGGAUUAAUUAUAGGCAAACCGAAACUAGGUUGUGGAUCCUCUAAUGAUGGAAAUACUGCACGAAAGUUUUUUCAUAAUACUAAAUUAAGUGCAGAAAUUACUGGCUUAAAUGAAAAUUUAAUAUACAAUUUAAAAAUUAAAUUGAUGACCUUGUCAUCUGGUUUUGGAGAAGACAAGAAAGUUAUAUAUAAAGCACUAUUUUUGGUAUUACAUGUCAACCACUCUGCAUAAGAUUCUCAUUCAUAGUGCGAAUGUUAUUAAUAGUUCACUUCUACCAAUAGAACAGCUUUCAGAAGAAGCACAGGAAGCGCGAAAUAAGGAUUGUCGUAGAUAUCGACAGCAUCAUUCAAGAAAGAACUCACGAGAAGCCAUGAAUAGAGACUUACUUACAAUGCUUUUGGUAACUUCUGAUCCAAUUAUAAGUAGCUUAAGAAAUGUGCCUUCAAAAAACUCAAACACAUAUCCUCGUGAAGUUUUAAAUUUAUUAGCAUCACCACCAAUUAAUAUUCAUGUUCCUGAUUAUGAAGAAGAGCUUUAUGAAAAUUACUCCAAAACCGGUAGCGAUAAGAGCGCUUAUAUUGAAUCUGAGUAGGAAUCAUUUAUAAUAUAACCAUGGUGAUGAGUUCCAAAUUAGUUCAUGUGGCUAUCAAAAUUAACUAAUUAUUUCUUUUU